AGGCACAAGGAGAAGCCGACGCGGAGCGGCCGGGGGAGCGGGGUUGAGGAGAAUCCGGGCGGUGGCGGGGAGCCGGGCCGGCGCGCUCCGGGGCUGGCACGAGCCCGCGGCGGGCUGCCCGCGGCCGAGCGGCCGGGCUGGGCGCAGAUUCCCGGGCCCGCCCCGCGGGGACGUGCGGCUUCAGCGGACCCGCGUUCGCGACCUCGGGGCGCGCCCCCCCCGCCAGGGCCCCGAGCAUUUUGUGUCCCACACCGGGUUGGGGUGGGGGGACUUUGCCUGUGGGGCAACAGCGAAGCACGGCCCGGACGGGGACACCUCGAGUUUUGCGUGAAAAUGAUUGGUUUUUGGGGGGAGGGGGGUGGUGGCGCCUAUUGGCCACCGUUUGCCCUAAUUUAAAGGCUAUGACAGGGCUUCUGAGCCCUGCCUAAGGGGGGGUUUCCGCCCCCAAAGACCCACUCUGCAGCUGAGUUCUUUAUGCUCAGAUUUGUGUGUCUUGGUAUUUUUAAUGCUUGAUGUCAGAGGUGAUAAAUGACCCUGGUAAUGGGGAGCCCCUGAAGCACCUGCUGGGCUGACGGUGGUGGAGGUUGUGUCUAAGGGUGGGACGGGAGAAACGAAACAGAGAUCCUCUUUGGAUAUUCUGCUGAAGUUAUCAUGUUUCUGUUCAAGUAUAGAUGUUCUAGAACAAGUUGAUAAAUCCAAUUUUAGGACUUUGUGGUCGAAGAGGUUUGAGCGGCAAACAGACCCAGGGUGACCAGGCUUGGCCAGGAAUGUUGGGGUAGCCCGACUAUCUCCUCCCGUUUCCCCUUGGCAUAUUUAUUUAUUUAUUUAUUUGCUGUCACAAAUGCUCAAGUGUGAUCACAGAAUAGGAAAGAAGCUAGGGGACAGCAUUUAGCACAGGCCCGAGCCCAAGAUUGAUGUUUUCAAAGGAACAAAUAUGUAACGAGGAAAAGGAAAAUCUUUUUAUCUGCAAGGUUGGUAGUUUGAGACAACUUGCUCUCUGGUUGGGAACUACCAGCCCAUACUAAUAGUUCAUUUUACGUAAUGCCAUAGAUAUUAAGGAUUGAGUGGGGAGGACUGCCAUAUCUAAGAUUUGUGUGAUUGAAAUUUUCACAAGUCAUAUUUUACCCAUAGCAUUACUAAAUAAAGGAACCCUAGGGUGAAUCCUUCUACAGAUCCCUCAGUGUGUCUUGAAUUUUGAUAUUGAGAGUCUGUUUAAAACGGAAUGCACAUAUUUAUUUGGUUUUGGCUUUACCUUGGAGAUAAUCCUGAGUCAUGCUUUAGAGAAGUUCCUUCUGUGAUCAACAGCUCAGAUGUCUGGUGGUCUCUAUAAAAGCCAGACGCCCCUCUUUACCUGUAAUUUUGUCUUCUGGAGCUCCGGAGAAAGGAGGACCCGGGGAGGUGGGAAGCAGAUUAAGAGGCCUUCUCUUCCAUGUUUGCCUUGUUUCCACACCAGGGCUCUAAAUUACUUGUGUUCACACACUCAAGUUUCUCAAUUUACCACAGAAAUCUUGUUUAUGCUACUGCUACUAGUAUUUUCACAUUUGUUUAAUACUUGCCAGUUUACAAAUGGUGUUCUAUUCAUGCUCUUGCUUAUUUUCUCCUUUUCUGCAAAGAAGAGGCUGGGUUUAAAGAGGGAUUUAUUCAGGGUCUCAUAAUUAGUAAUGGAGCAGAAGUGGGAUACAGAUCCUCUCUGGGGAGCAGUUCUCUUUCCUCUGCACUGGCCUGCAUGUGACUUCAGAACCCCUAGUCCUGAUCUGUUACCCUGCAGGUCGGUUGUUGCCUUUGUAUUAUGACUUGCUGGUAAAACUGUUUUGGGGAAGGCGGUAUUAUCCCAUUUUAUUUUGUAGAAACUGAGGGUAAGAGGUGUCUUCUGAUUUUGUGAUUAUUUGCGAUAGCUCUUUAGCUUUAAGGUCAUGUUUUCAACGUAGAGCGCCUUUCCUGUAGACUGCAUGGAGAGAGGAGAGAGAAGAAACAAUUCGUUUUAGGAAAAAACCAUCUAUUUCUGUGUUGGUAUGGUUAAGGAUAACCUAACACCAUAAUCACAUUCUCCUUGUGUGCCUGGCUACUUGUGUCAGCCUGUGUGUGAACAUCAACCCAAAAGACUCCUUUAGAUGUUGCUGAACUAGUUACUAUAAAAAGUAUUUCACUUUCAAACACCCAUGUUUCAAGAACAGAGGAAUUCCGUACAAAGGUAAUUUUGAAGUUUCCCUGGAACCUGGGCUCCCUGAGUCGCAGCGCUGGAGCAGAUGGAUAAUGGAGACUGGGGCUAUAUGAUGACUGACCCAGUCACGUUAAAUGUAGGUGGACACUUGUAUACCACGUCUCUCACUACAUUGACGCGUUACCCGGAUUCUAUGCUUGGAGCUAUGUUUGGGGGGGACUUCCCCACAGCUCGGGACCCUCAAGGCAAUUACUUCAUUGACCGAGAUGGACCUCUUUUCCGAUAUGUCCUCAAUUUCUUAAGAACUUCAGAGUUGACCUUACCCCUGGAUUUUAAGGAAUUUGAUCUGCUUCGGAAAGAAGCAGAUUUUUAUCAGAUUGAGCCCCUGAUUCAGUGUCUCAAUGACCCUAAGCCUUUGUAUCCUAUGGAUACUUUUGAAGAAGUUGUGGAGUUAUCUAGUACUCGGAAGCUUUCUAAGUACUCCAAUCCAGUAGCUGUCAUCAUAACUCAAUUAACCAUCACCACCAAGGUCCAUUCCUUACUAGAAGGUAUCUCAAACUAUUUUACGAAGUGGAAUAAGCACAUGAUGGACACCAGAGAUUGCCAGGUUUCCUUUACUUUUGGACCCUGUGAUUAUCACCAGGAAGUUUCUCUCCGGGUCCAUCUGAUGGAAUACAUCACAAAACAAGGUUUCACGAUCCGCAACACCCGAGUGCAUCACAUGAGUGAGCGGGCCAAUGAGAACACAGUGGAGCACAACUGGACUUUCUGUCGGCUGGCCCGGAAGACCGAUGACUGAUCUCUAAGCCUGGGAGAAGUUCCUGGAAACUGACUCUCCAGGACAUGGAAGAGACUGAUUUUUUUUUUUUUUUUUUUUUUUUAAUCACAGUGUGGGAAUUUUUUUUAAAUAUUUGUAUUUAUUUGAAGGCAUUGAGGACCAGAAGGAAGUUUUGUGCUUUAGCAGACUCCUCUAUGUUUUGUUCCCUUUACCUUGAGUAUGCAUGUGCCUGUUCAGAGCCUCCAGAUACCUUUUUUAUAAAAAGAAGUAUGAAAAUCAUUAUGGUAUAUAAUCUACUCUUAACAGAGCUUUUUUUUUUAUUACAGUGCUACAAUGAUUUCUGAUUAAAUGGUCCCUAACUUAACUAGAAGGCUAAAAAUGCAGGCAUGAAAGAAUAAACAGAGUACUCAUGAUGCCUUUGAGAAAAAUCAAAACAUCAUGUAGGGUGACCUAGUUUCCAAACCAAUAAGCAGUAUUGUAAUAUUAAAGGAAAACUGUUCCAAUCAUUUAAAAGUACUUGUUAAGUACUGCUUUUUACAGUUAUGACAACUGUUUCUUUCUAUGCAUAUAAAUCAAGCAACCAAAUAUCUGUAGCCAUGGAAAUGUCUGACUAGAAAUAUUUAUAUUGGGUUCUGAAUACAAAAUGUCCCUGUGGUAGAACUCUUACUUCUUAUGCCUGGUGCAGUAUAAUUCCCAAGUGUACUGUCUACCAGG